AUGUCGGCCCAGAACUCCGCGGGCAUCCAGACCCUCCUCGAUGCUGAGAGAGAGGCUCAGAAGAUUGUUCAGCAAGCCCGAGAAUACCGCACCAAGCGCAUAAGGGACGCAAAGUCAGAGGCACAAAAGGAGAUUGAAGAAUACCGCAACUCUAAGGAAGAAGAAUUCAAGAAGUUCGAAGCUGAGCACUCGAGCGGAUUCAAAACGGCUGAGGAGGAUGCUGGAAAGGAAGCCGAGGAGAAACUCAAAGAGAUCCAGGCUGCCGGCAAACAGCAGGGCGACAAAGUCGUGGACGAUCUGAUUAGGGCGACUACCGAUGUGAAGCCUCAGGUGCCAGAGAAGAUUGUUGCUCAGGCAUAG